GCAGCCUGAUGGGGAGUUGUGAGCCCCCAUGAGUUGCCCCUUUGGGAGCAUGAGGCCUGGAUGUCCCCUCUUCUGCAAAUCCGGCAGGAGCGGGUCCACUAAAAUCUAUGCACCUCAUUCACUGUGCACACAGCUGAGGUGCCGGGGGUCUGCACUCCCCCUACACCUGUAAGCACCAUGGGACACUAGAUUCAAUUGGUUAUUUCCUCUUGCAAGUUGACACUAUCACCUCUGGUCCAUGAGGAGUUUUCCUUCAUUGUUUCAGGUAGAGCUCCUGCCUCUGAGGGCUGAUAUGAGAAAGUAGGGGCUGUGCUGCAGGGGUUGUCCUCAGUGGUUAGCAAAAAUCCUUGGACCUACAGAGCUCUGCUAAUUUUAAAAGAUGUUCUCAUUCCUGUCUUCUUACUUCGUUCUUGCCAAAGUCCUCCGAGACAUGGAAGGUGAAGGCUUGACAGGAUAGAUGACAUCCAUGUAUUAGUAAUAAGGAAACUGAGGCCCAGAGAAGUUGAGUAACUUGACCAAUGUCACACAGCUAAUAAGUGGCAGACUUGGGACCAGAAGCCAGGUUUUCCAACUCUCCAUGCAGCGUUCCUUUCUCUCUCUUAACUUCCCUGUUAAGCAUUCCAUCUCCUCCUUGUUUCUCCCAUUAGGACAGUGGGGUAAGGUCUGGCUGGGGCUCUGAGUUCCUUUGAACCCUAAGCAUCUCCUGCAUCCCUUGCAGCUUUUGCCCCCCCCCCACCCUCCCUGCCCUGGGCAGGUUGAGCUGGGAAUAGGGAAGCUGGGGUUUUCUCCAGAGCCUGGGUGUGGAUCAGAGGUGGAGCUGGGACAUUGUUCUCUGAGGUUUAAGAAAUGUUUGGGGUGCUUCAGAGCAGGGCUGAGCCUGAGCUCUCUCUGCACUCCCUACCCUCACUCCCAUGAGGGACCAAAAGGUCACAGGGCUUGAACCACUGGAAACUGAGGUAUCCGGGCUCCGUGCUCAGCACCUUAACCCUAAGCAGCCUCUCGGCCCAAUGAGGAGGUAGUUGUUAUUUUCCUAGCCCUCACAGUUUUAAGGAGAAAUGAAGAUACAAAAGAAAUGUAUCUAGAUGGGCCAACUCUCUUGCUUCAAGCCACCAGCCACAACAAAUGGGCACCCCUGACCAGGUCCUUCCCUGCUUUGUCCUUGCCAACCUCAUUCUGCUUUACUGGCCAUUUUGCCAUCUCGUCCAUCCCUUGCCCCUUUCUCUGCCCUCUGUCCUCCCCUUUCUGCCUUCUCUUUUCACUUGAAUCCCUGUCCCCUUCUCUGGAGGACAGAAGGCAAUCAGAGGUAGGCAGAGAGGAAAAAGAGCAAGGGGCGUGGAGAGAGGGAGAUUUCUGUCUUUCCCACGUAAGGAUUUGUCACUCACCUCUCCUAAUUACAAAGGACAUUUCUUGAUUUUUAAAACCCUUUUCUAUUAAUUAUUAUUAAUUAUCUUACUUAUUAUUCAUAGUAACCUUAUUAUGUCCUUGGGAGGAGAUAUACUAUCCUUAUUUUAUAGAUGAGGAAAUGGAGGCCCUGAAGGAUUGACUUCAUAAAAUUGUGAAGAGAGUUACUGACUGAGGCAGACCUAGAACUGUGGUGGGUCUCCAUCCUGAAGGCAUGGCAGGCCCCUCCCAUGCUGAGCAGUUGUGGUCCAGCAGGAGUCCCAAGACAUGGGUUCCUAGCCACUUGUAAGCUGUGUGACUUUGGGCAGGCUGCUUACCCUCUCUUGGCCUUACUUUCCUCAUCUGUAAACAGGGAUGAUAAGAAUACCCACCACACAGGCUUGUUGUGCGGCUCAGCUGAGAUGUUAGCUGUGAAAAUGCUUUGUGAAAGGCAAGCAUAGGGUGAUACUUGAAUUCGGCAAUAGUGUUCAAUCGAGUGCUUGGUGGGGAUUAAAUGAAGGGAGGGGUCAUCACUGUCAAUUUCUUCACCUGCAAAAGAAAUUGCUUCCUGUGAGUAGCUCUGAAAGGCAUACACUGGCACACACAACCACACGUCUUCCUAAUUGACGGUGAUGAUGAAUGAGGCAGAGGGUCGGAAUCCAUGAUUUCCCCUCUCCCAGUAAAGACCUUGCUGUGUGUGUGACCUUGGGUAAGUCACUGGAUGUCUCUGGGCCCCAGUUGCCUCAUCCAUGUUGCUACAGCAGUGACUGAGGCAAUGAGCUUUGUAAACUGGAAAGCACCAUACGGGCAGUUGGUGUGAUCAGGAUCCCAGAGUGGGCAGCAGCUGAUCCCCUGUCUGACCGGAUAUGUCCAGAGGGAUGGCUGGGUUCUGUGGAGGGAGGGUGAAAGAUCACAUCCCUUCACUGCCUCUGCUAAGGAGGUAGAAUGGAGAGGGAAUUGGGCUCCGUACGGGUGGGAGGAGGGUAGUAGUGAGCAAAGUACCUGGUAGGGGAUUGGUGUUUCCGCCUCACUGAGGCAGGUCUGCAAGCACAGCAGGCAAGGCCAGCCUCCUUGGCUUCAUUCCUCUCCACCCACUUAUCUCACCAGUUGACUCCAUGGAGUCUCUGCCCUUUGUUCCCUGGAUUGUAUUACAUAUAUGCUGUUGUAUAGCAGAGCUUUUCCUGCCAAAGCCUGGAGAGCCUCUGCCUUCCUUUUCCAUUUUGAAAUGCUGUUCAUCCUUCAAGACUUAGCUCAAAUGCCACCUCUUCCAUGAAGCCACUCCUGAUUUUCCCCUUGCCCUUCCACCCUCAUCAAUUCCAUUUUCUGCAUUCUCAUUGCACAUGAUUUGUACUUCUGUUAUAACCCUUAUUUUAUCUUUCUUCAGAUCCAUAGAUGGUUUCUUGUCCAUCUUUUUAACCUAGACUAUCACCAUCUUGAGUGCAGGAACUAUGUCUUCCUCAUUCUUUUGGUGCACUGUCUGGUACAGAGCUUGGAAUGUAGUAUAUAUCAAUAAGCGCUUGCCAAAUGGGAUUAAUUAUAAAAUGUCACUUGUUUUUAAUGGGCUCUAUGUGCCAAGCACUGUGUCAUAUGCUUUACAUAUAUUAUCUCAUUGAAUCCUUAUAGCAACCCUAUGAGAUAGGUAUUAUCAUCCUCAUUUUACAGAUGAGGGACCUGGAGCUCAGAGAGGUUAAGCAACUUGCCCAAGGUCACACAGCUGGUUAUAAGACUCUCCUUAAGUGCCUAUCAGGUAAAUUCUGCCGCCGGGAGCUGAUUGGCAUCAUGGGCCCCUCAGGGGCUGGCAAGUCCACGUUCAUGAACAUCUUGGCAGGAUACAGGGAGUCUGGAAUGAAGGGGCAGAUCCUGGUCAACGGGAGGCCGAGGGAACUGAGAACCUUCCGAAAGAUGUCCUGUUACAUCAUGCAGGACGACAUGCUGCUGCCACACCUCACAGUGUUGGAAGCCAUGAUGGUCUCUGCUAACCUGAAGCUAAGUGAGAAGCAGGAGGUGAAGAAGGAGCUGGUGACAGAGAUCCUGACAGCACUGGGCCUGAUGUCCUGCUCCCACACGAGGACAGCCCUACUCUCCGGAGGGCAGAGGAAGCGCCUGGCCAUCGCCCUGGAGCUGGUCAACAACCCACCUGUCAUGUUCUUUGAUGAGCCCACCAGUGGUCUGGACAGCGCUUCCUGUUUCCAAGUGGUAUCCCUCAUGAAGUCUCUGGCCCAGGGCGGCCGUACUAUCAUCUGCACCAUCCACCAGCCCAGUGCCAAGCUCUUUGAGAUGUUUGACAAGCUCUACAUCCUGAGCCAGGGUCAGUGCAUCUUCAAGGGCGUGGUCACCAACCUGAUCCCCUAUCUGAAGGGGCUCGGCCUGCACUGCCCCACCUACCACAACCCAGCUGACUUCAUCAUCGAGGUGGCCUCUGGCGAGUACGGAGACCUGAAUCCCCUGCUGUUCAGGGCUGUGCAGAAUGGGCUCUGUGCCAUGGCAGAGAAGAAGAGCAGCCCUGAGAAGAAUGAGGUCCCUGCCCCCUGUCCCCCUUGCCCUCCGGAAGUGGAUCCCAUUGAAAGCCACACGUUUGCCACCAGCACCCUCACACAGUUCUGCAUCCUCUUCAAGAGGACCUUCCUGUCCAUCCUCAGGGACACGGUCCUGACCCACCUGCGGUUUAUGUCCCAUGUGGUGAUCGGCGUGCUUAUUGGUCUCCUCUACCUGCACAUCGGUGACGAUGCCAGCAAGGUCUUCAACAACACGGGCUGCCUCUUCUUCUCCAUGCUCUUCCUCAUGUUUGCCGCCCUGAUGCCAACUGUGCUCACCUUCCCCUUAGAGAUGGCCGUCUUCAUGAGGGAGCAUCUCAACUACUGGUACAGCCUCAAAGCGUAUUACCUGGCCAAGACCAUGGCCGAUGUGCCCUUCCAGGUGGUGUGCCCGGUGGUGUACUGCAGCAUCGUGUACUGGAUGACAGGCCAGCCAGCUGAGACCAGCCGCUUCCUGCUCUUCUCAGCCCUGGCCACCGCCACGGCCUUGGUGGCCCAGUCUUUGGGGCUGCUGAUCGGAGCUGCCUCCAACUCCCUACAGGUGGCCACAUUUGUGGGCCCAGUUACCGCCAUCCCUGUCCUCUUGUUCUCCGGUUUCUUUGUCAGCUUCAAAACCAUCCCCACUUACCUGCAGUGGAGCUCCUACCUCUCCUAUGUCAGGUAUGGCUUUGAGGGUGUGAUUCUGACCAUCUAUGGCAUGGAGCGAGGAGACCUGACCUGCUUGGAGGAACGCUGCCCUUUCCAGGAACCACAGAGCAUCCUCCGAGCGCUGGAUGUGGAGGAUGCCAAGCUCUACAUGGACUUCCUGGUCUUGGGCAUCUUUUUUCUGGCCCUGCGGCUGCUGGCAUACCUUGUGCUCCGUUACCGGGUCAAGUCAGAGAGAUAGAGCUUUGCCCUGGCCUGUGCCCCAGCCCCUGCAGCAGGAAGCCCCCGGCCCCGGCCCUUUGGGACUGUUUUAACCUUGUAGACUUGGGCCCUGGCUGCUGGUGCAGCCGUCCUCCCCUCUCUCAGAUCCUCCACAGGCUGGCUGUUGGACUGCGCUCCCAGCCGUGGCCCUGGGACUGGGGGUGCCAGGCCUCCCCGCCACGCCCAGGAGUCUUCCCAAGUUGAUGCGGUCUGUAGGUCUGUAGCUUCCUCCCUCCUCUUUCCAACAUCUGCAUGCAAAGACCACGGGGAGGCUGCCACCCGCCUUCUGCCCCCACAACUCCCCACCUCUGUUGUCUGUCUGGGAGCCCCAGGCUCUCCAGGCCCCCUGACAACUGACCAAAGUGGCCCCCCCGGGGGUCCCCACCACACAAGUGUUUGUAAACUGGGCUGUUAUAAGGUUGGUGUUCCAGGGCUGGGCCCUGGUAGGGUCCCCUGGAUGUCCCAUUUGGACGUUGGAAUGGAGCAGGGAUGGACUCUGGAAGUCUCUUCCUCCUCCUCACCUCUCCCUGCCCCUAGACCCUGGCUGAUUUGGACAAUCUGUUGGGACAGAAGCUGGGUUUUCUGUCUGGAUCAUCCCUCCCAGUCCUGCGGAUUGGAGAGGCCUGGCGCCGUGGGCUGUCCCCUGGACUCCUCCCCGUCACCUCUGGUGGGGGCCGGGCCUGUGGCACCUCUGCAAUAAUGUCUGUGUUUCUCUCCCAUCCGCCACUGGAACUGGAGAAUGCACUUUAUUCUCGGGGGUGCGUGGGAGAAGACCCAAGCCUCCUUUCUCGCUGCUCGCGUGGUCCCGCAAUGCUCCCUCACCUCUCCUGAGUUACAGGCACAUAUAUGCGAACAGGCAAUCUCAGCCCUACACACACUCGCUGUCCCGCUGUGGCUCACAGGAAGAGUGAUGGUGGUGGUGACGGUGGGUGCUGUGGGAAGGGCUGUGUCAACCUCCUCCUGCGGAUUCCGCUUUGAUUCUAAGGACGAGGCUGGUGCUGCCCGGGGCGUCUCCAGGAUCUGCAGGUGUCUACCCACCAGUCUUCCCUCCCUCCCUCCGUCCCAAGCCAGGGGUGGCACAGGGCACCAGCUCCCUGGAGUUCAGGAGCCCACACGAGCACAAGCAUGAGCAUAAGAGGGACUUGGCCGCUGCCACCCCAUGGCUCUUCUUUUGUGUGUCAAGCUGGCGGUCUCACUCCCCCUCUCCUUCCAUGGCCACUUGCUGCUCAUUCAAACUCUUGUCCGCGUCUCUCCACCUGCUUUCUAUCAGCCAAGGUGGGCCCUGGGCACCAGAGCAGCAUGCCCACGGCACCAGAGCGACAGACACACCUAGAACAUGUCUGGCUUUCCUGGGGGUGCGGGUCCAGGCUCAUUCUUCUUCUGAUUUCACCUUCCCCUAGGGCUCUUGUCCCCCCUUUGUCCUGUACACACACCUCUCUACCUUCCUUGCCCUGCCACGGAUUCUCCCCAUCACACAGAGAUGCCAGUUGUAUUUGUGGGAGUUCACCCAUUAUUAAUAAAACCUAUAUUUAUACAGUA